AUGGAGAAAAAAUGCACAUGUAGGUCAUGGCAUUUGUCUGGCAUUUCAUUUCCUCAUGCCAUCAAAGCUAUGUUGUACCAGGAGAUAGAACCAAAGAAUGAAAUUAAUUUAUUGUACAGUAAGGAAGCUUACUUGAUGACAUAUAAGGCAAAGUUGAUGCUUGUAAGAGGUGAACAAUUUUGGAAUGUAUUGCCAGAACAUGGGAUGGACCCACCUGAUUUUGUGAAAACAGUGGGUAGACCAAAGCUCAAAAGAAGUAGGAAAAAAGAUGCAACAAUUAAAAGAACAGGAGAGUGGGCUCACUCAAGAAAAAGAACUAAAAUGACAUGUAGUAAAUGUGGUGAAUCAACUCACAAUGCAAGGACAUGCAAUUUUGUUGAAGAAGAACAAGAGGCAACAUUGAAGAAAAAAAAGGGCAGAACUGAGGAAGAAUCUGAAGAAGAACAAGAAGCUUCAUAG